AUGUCUUCAUUCAACCCACUUACCUCAAUUUUGAACCAAAACAAGUUAGAAGGACCUAAUUAUGUUGACUGGAAAAGGAACCUUGAUAUUGUCCUAACUGCUGAAGGUUACAAAUUUGUAAUCUCUGAGGAGUGCCCAGAAAAACCUGAAAAUGCUACGGAUGAUCAGGUUAAAGCCUAUGACAAAUGGGUUAAGGCUGAUGAGAUGGCGCGAUGUUACAUUCUUGCCUCUAUGGCGAAUGUUUUGCAACAUCAGCAUCAGUCCAUGGAGUCUGCUUAUGAUAUGCUCGAAAGUCUCAAAGAGAUGUUCGGUGAGCAAAAUCCCGCAGCUAAGCAGACAGCCAUGAAAGCCCUUUUGAACACGAAAAUGGCUGAAGGAUCAUCGACCGCCCACCAUUGGUGCUUGGAUUAUGCAAGUGGUGGCUUAGGCCGGUGA